AUGACACAAAACUCGAGCGAGCAGAUGAGGCCGCUGCUCACAUCCGGCAUUGAGGAAGAAGCUGUGCUGGACCGAAGGAACACCAGCUCCACCUUGAACACCAAUUUUGAGGCGGAGGAGCUGGAAAGUCACAGGGAGCUUUACGUCGGCAUCCACGUGCCUUUGGGUCGCCGACGGCGCCACCGCCACCGGGGACACAGGCAUCAGCGACCCCGCUACGAUCCGCCGCUGCAAUUGGAGGAUGCCACCGAGUCGUCGUCUUACGAUACGCCCUCGCAGAGGGUGCAGUUCAUCCUGGGCACGGAUUACGACGACGAGGAACACGUCCCGCACCAACUCUUCAGCGAGCUGGACGAGUUGGCCUCCAGGGACGGCGACGUCCUGGAGUGGAAGGAGAAGGCCAGGUGGUUGAAGUUCGAGGAGGACGUGGAAGACGGCGGCGAGCGUUGGAGCAAACCCUACGUGGCCACGCUGUCGCUGCACAGCCUCUUCGAGCUGCGCGCCUGCUUCAUGACCGGCACCGUCAUCCUCGACAUGCGCGCCAACGCUAUCGAACACAUCGCAGACACGGUGAUCGACAGCAUGCUGGCUUCGGGUCAGAUGGACCACGACGUCCGGGACAAAGUUCGGGAAGCCAUCUUGAAACGCCACCGCCAUCAGAACGGGAAGAAGCUGAGCAAGCGCAUCCCGCUGGUGCGAUCCUUGGCCGAAAUGGGCAAGAAGCAUUCCGACUCUCAUCUGCCGGAGCACGGCGGUCGUCCGACGUCCCCUCGGUUGGCUUCCGGGAGCUCCAACGACUACAAGAAGGCGGAAGGUGGCGCCGAUACCGACAGUCGGGAAAACAGCGCGGUGGAUUUUAGCGAAGUGGACAUGAGCUUUAUGAAGAAAAUCCCUCCCGACGCUGAAGCUUCCAACGUGCUGGUGGGGGAGGUGGACUUUUUGGAGAAGCCCAUCGUCGCCUUCGUUCGCCUGGCGCCCGCCGUGCUCCUCUCCGGACUCACUCAGGUUCCCGUGCCCACCAGGUUCCUCUUUCUUCUGCUGGGCCCGUUCGGAAAAGGUCCGCAGUACCACGAAAUCGGACGCUCCAUGGCCACGCUGAUGACGGACGAGAUCUUCCACGACGUGGCCUACAAGGCUAAGGACCGCAAGGACCUGCUGUCCGGUCUGGAUGAGUUCUUGGAUCAAGUGACGGUGCUGCCGCCCGGCGAAUGGGACCCGAGCAUUCGCAUCGAACCGCCAAAGAACGUGCCGUCACAGGAGAAACGGAAGAUUCCUCCAGCACCGAACGGUUCCAUCCACAGCUCUGACAUCGUCAGGGAGGCGGAGCAUGACGUAGGACCGGAACUACAGAGGACAGGAAGGUGUUUUGGCGGUCUGGUUAGGGACAUCCGGAGGAAGGUGCCCUUCCUGCUCAGCGACCUGACUGAUGCCUUCAGGCUACAGUGUUUAGCGUCCAUCCUCUUCCUCUACUGCGCCUGCAUGUCACCCGUCAUCACAUUUGGCGGCCUGUUAGGAGAAGCCACCCAAGGAAACAUUAGCGCCAUCGAAUCUCUGUUCGGCGCCUCCCUGACGGGUAUGGCCUAUUCCAUGUUCGCGGGCCAGCCGCUCACCAUCCUGGGCAGCACCGGACCCGUCCUGGUCUUUGAGAAGAUCCUCUUCAAGUUCUGCACGGAUUACGGCCUGUCUUACAUCUCCAUGCGGACCAGCAUUGGUCUGUGGACCGCCUUCCUUUGCCUGCUCUUGGUAGCCACCGACGCCAGUUCCUUGGUCUGCUACAUCACGCGCUUCACCGAGGAAGCCUUCGCCGCCCUCAUCUGCUUCAUCUUCAUCUACGAAGCCCUGGAGAAGCUCAUCCACCUGGGUCACAGCUACCCCAUCAACAAGGCCAAUGACCUCAACAACCUGACCUUUUACACGUGCAAAUGUUCUCAACCCGCCAACGCCUCCGAGAAGGUGCGUGAGAUCUGGAGGAGCUCGGGUUACGACUCGGCAGAGAGCGUCCCUUGGGAAGAGCUGACUUUGAAGCGCUGUCAGACUUUGCACGGUCAGUUCGUGGGCCGGGCUUGCGGCCAUGAUGGUCCUUUCGUCCCAGACGUCCUCUUUUGGUCCGUCAUUCUCUUCUUCACCACCUUCUGCUUGUCUUCCUUCUUCAAAGACUUCAAGAACAAGAGAUUCUUCCCCACCAAGGUGCGAUCGACCAUCAGCGACUUUGCUGUCUUUUUAACCAUACUGUUAAUGGUGCUGCUGGAUUAUCUGGUGGGAAUCGCAUCUCCCAAGCUUAACGUCCCGGAUCGUUUCAAGCCCACUUCCCCUAAUCGCGGCUGGUUCAUCUCUCCGCUGGGCCCCAACCCCUGGUGGACGCUGCUAGCCGCCGGGGUACCGGCGCUACUCUGCACCAUCCUCAUCUUCAUGGACCAGCAGAUCACCGCCGUCAUCGUCAACAGAAAGGAGAACAAGUUGAAGAAAGGCUGCGGCUACCAUCUGGACCUGCUGGUGGUGGCGCUGAUGAUGGCCGUGUGCUCCAUCAUGGGCUUGCCGUGGUUCGUGGCCGCCACCGUCCUCUCCAUCACGCACGUCAACAGCCUGAAGGUGGAAUCGGCCAGCGCCGUCCCGGGCGAGCGCCCCAAGUUCUUGGGCGUCCGCGAACAGCGGGUCACCGGUUUUAUGAUCUUCCUUCUCAUGGGUUGCUCCGUCUUCAUGACGCCCGUUUUGCAGUUAAUCCCCAUGCCUGUCCUGUACGGCGUCUUCCUCUACAUGGGCGUGUCCUCGCUCAAAGGCAUUCAGCUGUUUGACCGCAUCCAACUGUUCGCCAUGGCGACCAAGCACCAGCCGGACCUCAUCUACCUCCGCUACGUGCCGCUGAGGAAAGUCCACGCCUUCACCGUGGUCCAGCUGUCCUCCCUCAUCGUCCUGUGGCUCAUCAAAACCUCGCCCGUCGCCGUGGUCUUCCCCAUGAUGGUUCUGGCGCUGGUCUUCAUCCGGAAGCUGAUGGACUUCUGCUUCAGCAAGCGAGAGCUGAGCUGGCUGGACGACCUGAUACCCGAGAGCAAGAAGAAGAGGGACGACGACAAAAAGAAGAAGAGAGCGUUAAAUUCGCAGGACAACCACGCGUACGACGACGACGCCAAAGUCGUCGAGAUGGCCGUCGAUGAAAUGGAUCGACGGACGGACGUCUCCGACGGGAACAUCUCCUGCGAGAUGGGUAAAAGCGACUUGUGGAGGUCCCUCUCCAUGACGGCGGACUCCGGCAAAGCUAGCAAGCCGAGCGGCAGAGGUAUCAACGAGUUGUUUGCUCGCUUAAUAGUGACCACAGUCAACUUGCGGCUGUGA